AGAGAGAGAGAGAGAGAGGGCAGAGAGAAGGAGAGAAGUGAAAGGUAGAGAAAGAGAUGGAGGAGACGGACAAGUAGUGCAUGAGGAGUCAACAAACAGAGCAGUGGGUGUAAAAAAGCAAACAUUAGGGGAAAGAGUUGUUUCAUCGUCUGGUCAGCGGACUCACCGGGGGAUUAUGUCCAAACCUUCGACGAACGUUAAGGCCCUUCAGGCUAAUCUGAACAUCCCGAUGGGAGCUCUGCGUCCAGGGGCGGGACAUCCUGUCAAGAGGAGAGAGGAGACAGUAGAAGCAGAAGAGGCUCAUUCACCAGAAAGCACUGCAGCCCAGUCACCAGAGGAGAAGAAAAUGCCAGGUGCAGUGAAGCUACCCGGGCCUGCCGUUAACCUGUCAGAGCUGCAAAACGUCAAGAGUGAAUUACGAUGGGUCACCAAGGAGUAACAUGAUUCUCCAGCCAGGCGGAGAGGAAAGCAGAUAAUCUUCAUAGACACAGACUUGCCCACUGCUGCUGAAGACUGGCAAAAUACAACUCCCAAUCCUAACAUGUUUGGAGACACUAAUGCCUCGGUUUUUAUAAACGCUCCUACAGUCAGUAGUUUAACGCAAAUAUUUAUUUAUCUUCCCACUUGAAUGAUGAUUUAUACAAAAAUUUCAGAUAUUCUGGAUAGACUUACUUCUGCUGAUAAAAUGCAUUUACCUGGACACUUAGAAGGGAGGGAUUUGUGUUACAACAAUGAUAUACUGUUUAGUAUAGUCUGCUUUUUUCUUGGUUUGUGUUUAAGUAGAUGUUUGAAAAGGAUACUUUGUUGACAAUGUAAAUUCAAGGAAUCCAAUUAAACUCUGUGGUGACCAAUUCAGAGACAUUUCAGCUGUUCAGUACUGUAUAUUGAUACUUUCUAAUAAAUAUUUGAUAUAUCAGCUGUACUGCUUUU